CGGCGCGGGCUUUACGCAUGCGCCCCGCUCCGGCUCCGCCCCGCCGCCGCCCGGCAGCCGCAGACCCGCCGCCUGGCAGGAGCAACGGGAGCAGCAGCAGCAGCAGCGAGGACGCCAUGUGUGGUAUUUUUGCUUACCUGAAUUACCACGUUCCCCGGACCAGACGGGAGAUCUUGGAGACCCUAAUCAAGGGGCUACAGAGACUGGAAUAUCGAGGAUAUGACUCCGCAGGGGUUGGAAUCGAUGGCGGGAAUGACAAAGACUGGGAGGCCAACGCUGGCAAGAUCACGCUCAUUAAGAAGAAAGGGAAAGUGAAGGCUUUGGAUGAAGAAGUCAACAAGCAGCAGGAUAUAGACCUGGACAUUGAGUUCGAUGUGCACCUUGGAAUCGCUCACACACGCUGGGCCACCCAUGGCGAGCCUAAUCCGGUCAACAGCCACCCGCAGAGAUCAGACAAAAACAACGAAUUUAUUGUUAUCCACAAUGGAAUAAUCACAAAUUACAAAGACCUGAAAAAGUUCUUGGAGAGCAAAGGCUAUGAAUUUGAAUCGGAAACCGAUACAGAAACCAUUGCAAAGCUUGUCAAGUACAUGUAUGAUAACUGCGAAAGCGACGAUAUAAGCUUCACCACCUUGGUGGAGAGAGUCAUCCAACAGCUGGAGGGGGCCUUUGCCCUGGUGUUCAAAAGUGUCCAUUAUCCUGGCCAAGCAGUUGGCACAAGAAGGGGAAGCCCUCUGCUCAUUGGCGUUCGGAGUGAGCACAAGCUUUCCACUGAUCAUAUUCCAAUCUUGUACCGGACAGGCAAAGACAAGAAGGGCACCUGCAGCCUCUCGCGCAUGGACAGCACCACCUGCCUCUUUCCCGUGGAAGAGAAAGCCGUGGAGUACUACUUCGCCUCUGAUGCCAGUGCUGUGAUUGAACACACCAACCGGGUGAUAUUUCUGGAAGAUGAUGACGUGGCAGCCGUGGUCGAAGGCCGCCUCUCCAUACAUCGCAUCAAGAGAACUGCUGGAGAUCACCCUGGCCGGGCAGUUCAGACCCUCCAGAUGGAGCUGCAACAGAUCAUGAAAGGUAACUUCAGCUCGUUCAUGCAAAAGGAAAUAUUUGAGCAGCCAGAAUCUGUCGUGAACACCAUGAGAGGAAGAGUCAACUUCGAUGACUACACAGUGAACCUCGGGGGCUUGAAAGACCACAUCAAGGAGAUCCAGAGGUGCCGGCGUCUGAUCCUCAUCGCUUGUGGGACGAGCUACCAUGCAGCCGUCGCUACUCGUCAAGUGUUGGAAGAACUGACUGAACUGCCUGUCAUGGUGGAACUGGCCAGUGACUUUUUGGACAGAAAUACUCCCGUUUUCCGAGAUGACGUCUGCUUCUUCAUCAGCCAGUCAGGUGAGACGGCCGAUACCUUGAUGGCCCUUCGGUACUGCAAGGAGAGGGGAGCCCUCACCGUGGGCAUCACCAACACCGUCGGGAGCUCCAUUUCACGGGAGACGGACUGCGGGGUGCAUAUCAACGCAGGGCCAGAGAUUGGAGUGGCCAGCACAAAGGCCUACACAAGCCAGUUUGUCUCCCUGGUAAUGUUUGCGCUCAUGAUGUGCGACGACAGAAUUUCUAUGCAAGAACGGCGGAAAGAAAUCAUGCGAGGCCUCAAGCUGUUGCCAGGCUUGAUAAAAGAAGUGCUGAGCAUGGACGAUGAGAUCCAGAAGUUGGCCACUGAGCUCUACCACCAGAAGUCGGUGCUCAUCAUGGGGCGGGGAUAUCACUACGCGACCUGCCUGGAAGGCGCCCUGAAAAUCAAGGAGAUCACCUACAUGCACUCGGAGGGCAUCUUGGCCGGUGAGCUGAAGCACGGCCCCCUGGCCCUGGUGGACAAGCUGAUGCCCGUCAUCAUGAUCAUCAUGAGGGACAACACCUAUGCCAAGUGCCAGAAUGCGCUGCAGCAGGUCAUGGCGCGCCAGGGGCGGCCUGUCGUGAUUUGUGAUAAGGAAGACAUCGAGACCAUCAAAAACAACAAGCGAACCAUCAAAGUUCCCCAUUCGGUCGACUGCCUGCAGGGCAUUCUGAGUGUGAUUCCUUUACAGCUCCUGGCUUUCCAUCUGGCUGUCCUCAGAGGCUACGAUGUUGACUUUCCAAGAAACUUGGCCAAAUCCGUUACGGUGGAAUGAGGUGCUCGCCCAAGGUUGACAAAAGGGAUUUGCUCUCUCCCCCCCCACCUUUUGGUACCGAGAAACGCUGAUUUUAAAACAUUUCUCCCGUGAUCGAUUCUUACUUCCAAUGUAGAAAAAUCUUUAUACUGUAAUUGUUGCAUUUGUGAUAGUUAGGAGCUGAAUCCACAAAGCUCCUGGUAGCAUUGUUCAGUGGCAGCGAAGUCAAAAGUACUGGGUUUUUUUCUCCUCCUUUUUGUUUUUUAAAAAAGCCCGUUUAUUGUAACCCUCAUCAAUUAUAUAAAAUUGCAUCGUUUCCUAGUUAUCUCUAAGACAGGGGGCUCCAACCUCGGCAACUUUUAAGACUUGUGGACUUCAACUCCCAGAGUUCCUCAGCCAGCUUUGCUUUGCUUUGCUUUGCUUUGCUGAUUGAGGAAUUCUGGGAAUUGAAGUCCACAAGUCUUAAAAGUUGCCAAGGUUGGAGAUCCCUGGUCUAGGACAUUCAGAGGGUUGAGCUCAUGCAAGGAUAUGGAAAUGAAAUAUGACAGAGAAGGGCUCAAAAAUCGGCUGCCUUCUUUCCCAUAAAUUGCUCCAUUGCCACCAUUGGGAGAGUCUGGGUGGACUGUUUUUUGGCUCCAAGGUUUCUGCCGGCCAGUGCAUUCUCCCCCCCCCCCCAACCCUGAAGUUAGUCCACAUUUGUGCAGCUUGUGCAACCCCAGACAUCCGUUCUGUGGGCAUUACUCUUUCCAGCCCACUCGUAGCGGAGGGAUCGUCUCUCUGUCCUCGGUUGCACAGGCCUGCGUUUUGGAGUUUGGUGUCAUGCCUUCAGCCCUGCAAAAGGGGGUGAAAUUACCUCCCCCCCCCCUUCGUCUGCAUAGCUGCGCCUUCUGAGGCGAAGGCCCUUUAAUGGGAGUCAAGUCAAAUGGCUGUAGGUUGACGCAACCUUGGCGUUUUUUUUAAGCGACCUGCGGUAAAAUGUCUGUUUUCCAAGGAAUUUAUUUUUCCAGUGCAUCAAAGAGAAAUGCCAGCCCCUGAAGGUGCCAUGAGAGAAAAAAAUGCCUUGUCUUGAACCAGUGUGGCUGAAUGAGAACCUGGCUGGGCAGCUCUUUAAGUCCUUCUGCUUCCCUUGAUCAGUGAAGGUGUCUGGUGAAGUCGGAGGAAGGCCUCUUCCAGUGAAUCUGGAUAACCAGGGACAAACAAGGGAGUUGUGUCUUCCAUCUGGGCAUAUUUUCAGCCUGCUCUGCGUAGCGUUCCUAUUCCUGAUAAAAAGAAGGGGAGUUUGAAUUGGAGGGUGAAGCCUGGUGCGUUUUUGUCCUCUCAAGGCCCCGUGAUUUCCCCAGGUAUCAGAAAUGGGCAGAAUUUCUUUCAAUCCAAAUUAGACUUGCUUUGAACACUCUUUUAAACCAGCCCAGCCCUCUAUACUUGUGGAGAUGAUGCUGAUAUUUCCGCAGCAGGCAAGAGAGCCAAGAGGAUUCUAAAAUGACCCCAAUGCAGCAGGGAAGGAGGGGACCAAAGAUAAAUAGAUGCCUCCGGAAGCAUCCUGUAAUUCUGAAAUCUAGAGAGGAUGCAGACGUAAUAAAAAUCCAGAGUGACCAAAAUAUGCCGUCCUUCCAACUUCCUUCUCAUUGAUUAACGGGACAGACACUGGCACUAAAAGGGCUUUCAUUGAUCUACUUCUAAAAUGGACGAAGGGAAGAUUGCAUAGAAACUCAACAGAAAUUUAAACUCUGUCUGUUCUCAGCACCCUUUUAUUGUAUAAGAAAUAUCCUAAUAGGGUGACACAUCCUCCCUCCCUCACUGUGCACUUGCGGGGUGGGUGGGGAAGAGAAAGACGACCGGCAGUAUCCACUGCUCAGAAGCUAAUUUAAGGACCGCUUGCUAAGUGUAUAGGAGUCUACGGCAUAGGCAUCCUAAAAUGGUGCUUUCUGCUCGUGAGAGAAAGGGUAGUUUGUAGUGAACACUGGAAAGUUCGGAAAUUUUAUUAUGAAAAGUUGCUUCUUGGCCAAUGUUGGUAUUUAUUGUGAUGUCCAGAUGCUUGGUCUCCAGCCUUCUCAGGGGCUGCUGGGUUGCCAUCUGAGCUGCCCAUAACAUAGUCAAAAGCCUUAGGAGGACUUCAGGAGGUUCCUUCGCUCAGCUGGGUCUCCGCUACUCUUAAGUCUGCCAGGGAAGAAGCCCACGGCAGGAGGAAUGCGCUGAACAGGCAAAAAUAGGCCAUACCUAUUAUGGCCUAUUUCUCCAUCUCCACAUGACAUACAAGGCCCAGGAGGGAGGCCAAGGUGUAAGGGAAAGGUCUAGAGCAGUGGUCUCCAACCUUGGCAACUUUAAGAUUUGUGGACUUCAACUUCCAGAAUUCCUGGAACUUGAAGGAAUUCAACUUCCUGGCUGAGGAAUUCUGGGAGUUGAAGUCCACAAGUCUUGAAGUUGCCAUGGUUGGAGACCCCUGCUCUAGAGGUCUUCCUGCUUCACUUUCUGCAGGAAGUCUUCCCCAUGCUUCCAAACCCGCCCACCCUCAGCCCAGGAAAGCCAUGAGUCUAUUGGUGAUUCCCUGGAAUUCCACACGACCCAAAGCACUUUCCCCACUAAGGCCAACCUCUUCCAGGGCAGGGGUCCCCAAUCCCCCCGGCCAUAGUCCGAGUGGGCCGUGGCUAGUUCGGAGACAGGCCACCCAAGUGGCAGGUGAGCGUGUUGUGCGCAGCUCCAUUUGUAUGAACGGCGGACGUGAGCUUCAUGCACGCGCACACGAGUGCCCACCAUGAGUGGCCACCAUGGAGCUGUGCCCACCAUGGAGCUGUGUGUGUGCGCACACACGCCUGCCACUCACUUGGAACCGUUUCCUCCCCUCCCCCUCCCCCCACCCGUCUGCAAAACCGAAAAGGUUGGGUACCACUGGUCCAGGGCACCUGGCUUUGUGUCCUCUGCCUCAAGGAGUCAAUUCAGUCCUGGCUUGGGCCUGUGUGUGUGAAAGUGGGACCCCUGGGCUCUCAUUCCUUUUCUUUUUCUGAAUGUAGAUAUUCGGCUUGUCUCGGUUGAUGGGGACCAUAGUUCGUUUUGUGUAUAACUUUUUAUCGUUUCGGUUGUUCUCUUGAUUUUUAUUUUUUUUGUACCUUGCUCUGAAUAAAGACAAGUGCGUAAUCUUCCUUACUUGGGCAUCCUUGACCGAUGGUGUUCCUUCGGGGACAAGUACUACAAUGACCCAGAUUUGGUCUUUGGUGGGUUUUGGUAAAAAAAAAUUGGUCAAAGGUGAAGAGGUCUGCAUGGUUAGGUUUCAUCCUGACUUUGAAAUCACUGGUCAGGCUCAGUUUAUGAAUUCCCUGCAUAAGGUUUCUCGGCGUGUAUUAUUUUGGCAGGGUUUUGUUCCCCAACUGUUAUCAAAAACCUCACCUCUUUUACACAUCUAAAAAAAAAAGAGAGAUCAAAGCUGAAUUCACACUAUUGCAGCCACCAUCAUUUUCCCAAGCCUUUUCUAUAAAAAAAAUAAUAUUUUUCUGCAGAUAUUUGCAGAUAUUUUGGGGAGGCUUCAUAUUCCACACAGUCAGCUUUGGAGGAACUCUGCCAGUGGUCAGUCACCUCCCAGAGUGGCCCAAUUGGGCUGAAUCUGCAGAACGCCUUCAAGGCAGGCAAAACCAUGCGUGCCCCACAUUCUUGGCAACUGCGCCAAGUAUUCCCCAUCGCUUUAUGGGCUCUUAAUGUGGUCCGUCUCUUGGGGAGGGGGCUUCCCUCAAACACCGUCUUCUGGGCCAGUAGACGUUCUCCUUCAACGGACUUUGGUCCAUGAACUCUUAAUGUUCUUAAGAGCAACAUAACUCAGGUUGGCCAAACAACAAAACACUGAGCUGGAAUGUGGCUGAUUGAACAGCUUGUGUGGUCCCAACAGUUGUGAUGUUCAAGACGUUCUGGUUGAACAUUGGGAAAAUCUCCAUACGUGCCAGACAAGGAACUAACAACGUGUGUGUGUGUUCAGGCAGAGGUGGCUGCACAGCUGUUUCUUGGGAAGUCUUCAGUAUGAAUGUGGAUUUAUACACCAAUCAGUAAGUUGGAUGUAAUGGUCUCCAUGAUCCAUUAAAUGUGAUAUUUUAGAAUUAAACUUGUACUUGAGCUGGGCUAGCCUGAUUAAGUAAUUUUAAAUGGGGUUUUAGUUUUUAUAUUACUUAGUUUUUAAUUUUGGCCACUAUUUAUAUAAAUUUUAGUUUUGUUUUUAUUGUAUAUUUAUUGUAUCUUUUAAAUUGGCUGUUAACCACCCUGAGUCCUUCAGGAGAAGGGCGGUAUACAAAUGCAAUUAAUAAAUUAAAUAAAUAAAUACAUAUAAAUGUCAACUGAGCCAAUAGGGCCCGUAAAACUAUGAAUUCAGUGGUGCAAAUUAUUCAACUGCGCUCCCUGGUUGAGGUUGUA